GCUCACUGGCUGGAAGUCAGUCCUUGGCCGCCAUCCGCAGCGUACGUAGCUGUGUGGAGUCAAUCCGCUCCGUCUUGUCCUGAGUGGACACACGCCUUGCCCGCAGCACAACUAACCUUGCCAUCCUCCCUCCCACUCUACGAUGAACCACUCUCACACACUUCCCGUUCUGCUUCAUUGACGUUGUAUCUGCGAAGCUAUUCAGUUGGAAAUCCUCUAACAAGGAAGGCAGAGAUGGGUGCGUGUCCCCAGGCCUGUGGACUGGUACACUAAGCUCACACAUGUAUCUUCAGUGGUAGUGCAUACAGGAAAGCACAUGCAACCCAUCUUAAAUACAGGAAGUUCAUCAUAGUCGCUAUGUUAUUAUGGCAGUGAAAGUAUGGGAUUUUAAGACUUAUUGGUAGUUGUGUCUUUGUGGGUUAACAAACAAUGGUUCAAGACCUAUUUGCUUGACAAUUAAGAUUCAUCUCGCGCGUAUUCUGUUCUCACGUACUACCUUAUAUUUUCAAUAACUAUUUGAAAAAAAGGUACAAAUUGCAAGACAUAUUAGGUCUCCAAUAAAUCCAAGAUAGAAUUUGAAGGCGAUCUCGAUGUGCUUGUCUGGAAAGAGAUGAGCUAUCAUUGGCACCUUCAGUGAUAAUUAGAUCUCCUUUGGCAACUCCUGUGAUACAUAAAUCAUCUCUAAUAUUAGCGGCACCUCCAGUGAUAACUGGAUUACACCUGGGAUCAGUGACACCUCCAGUGAUAUCUCACCAUCACCACCUCCUGUAAUACCUGGAUCAUCACUAGCGUCAGCGGCACCUAGAUUACCGCACCUAUAUUACAGUAUCUGGAUUACCGUUGACAACAGCGGCUCCAGCAGUGCUACGCGUAUCACCUCUGAGAACAUAUUCCUCGCUGAUAAAUGGAUGCUGCAGACAGGAAAACAACAGCAAUGUUCACCUAAGAGCAGCGUGCGCUUGUAAUAUAAGAGCCUGGUUGAAUACACAAUAGCCUGGUUGAACACACAACGAAGCUAAACACUUGACACUACGAGGGAUACACGUCUUCAGGAGGGAAAUCCAGAAACUUGGAAGACAGUCUAGCAACACCCAUUUCUAGGAUACACACAAUCGCAACGGAAACCUAGGAACGUAGCACUAGCCAGUAGCUUCUGAUAACACAGGAUGUAGAACAGUUCUCGCAAAUACUGAAGACAAAGACCAUCUCAGAACUACCAAAACCUAAGGAGAAAACGGAGUUUCUGGGUCUCCCAUAGACUAUAACCACAGGUGUCAGAAAUCAAGGGAGACUCGAAGUUCAUUAGAAAAUGCUCGUUACUGUAGUAUAAUGCUAGAGGCAAUAAAAAAUACCAGACCAGAAGAGCAAACGCUAGAGCACAAUAUAAACCGCUGGAGCACAGUGUUAAAUUUUGUCUUAUAAUAUACGAUGAUGGAGCACACUAUGAAAGUGACAUAUCGCAGUUUAAAAUGCUAGAGCACAGUAGAAAUCUCUAGUUCUAUAAAUUUCUCCAGAUAGCGCCAACAGUAUUUUAACACCUGGAAAAUAUCAAGAGAACUUGCGAAUCCGAUUCGUGAUAGGUCCCAGGUCCCAGGUCCAAGGUCCCAGGUCCCAGCAGUCCAUGGUCUCCAGCUCCACCUCGGUCCCGGAGACCAUGAAUCUCAUCAAUCUCUCCCUUGUGGCCCCUAAAUGUAAGGGCGAUGAUGAUGUCUACAAUAGCACAGACUUUACCAACACCUGUGAAGCAGGUGCUAACUGCACCACCAUCAACCCCAACCCAGGAGCUACCAUACUCUCUCCCAUACUUCUCAGCGUCACCGGGGUAACAGGACAGGUGUGCGCUCUGUGUUACCUGUACUUCAGCAGCAGCAGGCGGCACAACGCCCGCACUGUCUUCUACGUCUUCCUCUGCACUCUCAUCUGGACCGACUUCGUGGGCAAAAUGCUCACCACACCUCCAGCCAUCAUCUCCUACGCUGCUGGUCACUUUGUGGGAGGGAAAUCGAUGUGUAACUACCACGGCUUCACGAUGGUACUCUUCAGUCUGCUGACUCACUUCACUGUGUCUGCCAUGGCGGUAGAGAGACUUCUGGGAAUCUGUCAUGGUUACUUCUACAGCCGCAACGUCACACCGUCACGCAGCAGGUUCCUGAUAGUAUGCAUCUGGGUGUUCUGCACGGUGUUCAGCUUGCUGCCGCUCUUCAACAUCGGGGAGUUGUUCUUGCAGUACCCUGGCACCUGGUGCUUUGCUAACAUCCAUUUGUGUUCUGCCACCGCCCCCCUCCGUCACCGCCUCUACACCACCCUCCUCGGUGUCAUCACAAUCACUAACCUCCUCCUCAUCGUCGCCUGCAACGUUAUCGUCGUCGGGUCGCUGCUGAGGAUGCGAGUGUCACGGAAGCUGCCCUCGGGGCUCUCUCAGCCCCACCACACGAGGAAUCAGAGUGAUCACGAGCUGCAGAUGGUUGUGGUGCUGGUGGUGAUCACCUGUGUCUUCGUCGUCUCCUGGGCGCCCCUCGAUAUUGUCAUCGUGUCGAACCAGCUGUGGCAGCAUCAUCAAGAAGCCAAAGAUCACAUGUACGAACUCGUCGCUGUUCGCUUGGCAUCUAUCAACCAGAUCGUCGAUCCCUGGGUGUAUAUCAUCUGUAGAGUGAUGUUCAGGUCGCGAGUAUGGAGGUGCUGUCGCCUGGCUCUUGUGGGUCGUCGAUGGUCUAUUAUGGGACGAAAUAGGAGCAUCUCAUCCUUCAAUUUCGUCUCCUUCCUGCAAGGUCGUAGGCUCUCCCACACCCACAGCCCCACUAGGGAGCAACUUCCCUCCCUCUGUAAAGAGACCUCAGAUCGCAUGGAGGUGGCAACGAGACCCCACACUACAAAGACCACCAGGGUCCCCUCCAUCCAGAAGUCCUACUACAGCGACUCUGGUACUGGGUCCUACUCAGGGGUGGAAAUCCCACUCAUUGAAACCCCCGAGGGACACUUCCACACCUCGGAGGUCCCCCAUGGGCCAAAGGGCACCACCCUGCAGCAUUCCCUGGUCAAGAGCCUCUCUGUGGCCAUACCAAUCCCCCUGUUCACGAGCGAGCAGUACAGGGUGUCGGAGUGCGGAAGGGAGGGUCCCAGCUGCUCGCAGGAUGCUUAUAACUACCACUACAGCAGUCUAGAGUGCCCUAGAGGGGUCCUGCAGGCCCUCUCACGCCCCGUUCACCGAGUGGCAUCCUCACCCCUGGCUCAGGAUCACUUGAAAUCCCCGUUCCUGACCAUCCAAGAUGGUGACAUGGGAGGUAUAGUGUUGAGGAGUAACUCUUGGAGCUGUCAGGGUGGAGAGCCCUCGUGGCCUCAGUACCGCACACAGAGCACCCAGACUCUCUCCCUCCAUCAUGAACCCUUAUCGUCGCCCGACGGCCUCCGGCAGCCCUCCGUCAGCGGAGACGUGGAGCGUUCCCUACUGGAUUAAGUAGAGGAUAAAACCUUUGGAGAAAUCUUCGGAUCUCGUUCACCCAUAUUCCAGCGACACCAGAGUUUAAUGUGUUUGGGAUAGCUAUUGUGUUAAGGGCGUCCACACCAGGGACAAGAGGGUUUAAGGACUACUGUUAAGUACACCUGUAUUUUCUAAGGGUGCCUACACUAGGGAUUAAAGACUGUAGGGGCAACCCUUCAAGGUGUUGAGGGUGUUCACUUUACGCUGUCUCACCUCAAGGUCAAGCUUGUUCUAGAGGGGCACAGAUAUCCUACCUUGAGAUUUUAGUAUUCUCAGCAUAUACACCCCUGUAGGAGCAGCCUCUAAAGAUACCUGUUCCUUUGGUUUUAGUACAAUGUAUCAAGAGGACAAAUGACUGCCGAAAACUAGAGGAAAAUGGACGAGAAUGCAUUCCUUUUGGACACUUUUGUUGAAGACGUGUCGUUCCUCGGACCUUGAUUAUUUCAUUGAAGGCGUCCUAAGUGUACGCAUUCGUGUUCGUUUAACUUUGGUAUAAAUCCCAGGAAUAAGAUGCAAAGCCUACACGCAAACACUUUAAGGUUUAAAGUUUACCCCUUUUAUUAUUAUAAACAAUAGUUUUUAGAUAGUAGAUUAUACGUUAGAUUAUAUAUUUUCAUGUCUGUAAACAUUAUUCCAGUGACACACCAAAAGAGACUGGAAAUUUGUCAGGCCACGUCAUAGAUAUGCUGGGCACAUGUAGUGUAUUUUGACAUCACAUCUCAUGGAUAUGCCGGGUACGUUUGCUGUAUCUUAAUAUUACAGUGUAUUUCUUAAGUAUUUUUGUGCAAUGUACCAAAUAAGAUCUAUGAAUAUAUUAAAGUUUAUCGGUGCUACUCUGAUUACGGUGUACAGCUUUCUGUGAAGCAUUUAUCUAGCAAAGGGCAUUUGUGAAUUAAUGUUCUUGUAAGCUUGUGUGUGUCUCGAAGAACGAGGGGGAUGUCUCUAUGCGGCAGAUGUAAAGGAGCUACGGAUGGGCGAGACAACUUCAGUAACUCUGUGUUCUAGUCAUAUACAGUACUUGUCUAUUUUUGUAAUGCAUGUGAUUCUCGUUACUCUAUAAGGCUAUAAUUACCAGAUAACAUGAAGCUCAUUAACUAAGGUAAUAUGUUAUCAUGAACAAUGUUCAGUGUCUAGUAACUAUGUUAGUGUAAUCACUGGAGGCUGCUCGUGUGUGUGUGUGUGUGUGUGUGUGUGUGUUAGUUACCAUUUUGUCCUAGGCACAUGUCGACUAGACACUAGGCCUAUUGUAUAUAUGUGUGUGUGUGUGUGUGUGUGUGUGUGUGUGUGUUUAUGUCUGCUUUAUCUGUUUGUUGUUAUAUAUUAAAUACCAAGUAGCAGAAAAAACGGCGAUAAACAAUGUCUUUCCGUUUGAUAACUAAUUUUUAUUCUCUCCAGAAAUGUUUGUAUCCCAAGCCUCAGAAAUUUACCGUUGUAUUGCCCUGGGUCGGUCAAAAUAUUUUCUCACUGAUGUUCUUACAGUUGAACCGGUGGGGCAGUGUCAUUUAAAGUGCUUCAGGAACCUUGUAGAUUUUAUUCUGAAUACCCCAAGCACAUGUGCAUUAGUUAUUUUUUAAGAAACAUGUCUGGCCUGAAAUUCUGAGUUCACUUAAAAUUACUACUUUGAAUUUUAUCGGUAAAGCCUCUUCCUCCGGCCUGUUUUUAUACACAAGUCUGCCAGUUCAUUGUGGUGAUAAUGUUUAAAUAAAGUGCUCAAGUCACUUGACUGCUGAACACUGCACUCUGUUCGAUGAUGGAUUGUAAAGGAUCACUCAGAGGUAAUGAGUGAGUGCAAGGGAAGGGCAAAUAGCAGAAGACAGAGUACACAUUGGGGCUAGAUAUUGAGGACUAGCUACAAUGUGGCUACCAUUCUCUGUCUAGAGUGGAGGCAAUGAUAGUAUAGCAGAAAAUUCUUGUCCCCGUUCUUCCCUCCUUUCAACAACAUAGCCUGAUUGAUAAAUUAGUAGAAAAAAAUACAUUGAAAAACGAGCCUUGAUCUGUAUGAACUCGUCUCCAGAAGGCUAAAGGUUUACCAUAGCUGUUAGGAAACAAAUAUAAUUAUAUUUAAUUUACGUAUGUGAUGCAAACACAACUGGAAUAAUUUCCUUAUCUUGAUCAAGGGAAAGUCGACCUGCUGAGCAACACUUGCAGCCUCGACCGACAACACAACCAAAUGUUUGGUAGUUUGAUAUAAGAAAAACACAGAUUAGUUUUUUAUAUAAAUUUUAGAUUAUUUUAAUUAACUUGCGCUUGUCAUAAACACGUGCUGAAUAUGGUGGUGCAACAAACAGUAUUGAACUCUGGUCACUGAAAGAGGAAACACCACAUGAAACAAUAAUGAAGAAGAAUGGGUAGUCUGUAUAUUUCAACCUCAGCUGAAGAUCGAAACACACGAACUGCCAUUCUUCCUCGUUUUUGUCUCCUGUGGGAUUUCCUCUCUCAAGUGUUGAAUAUCUUACAAACGCAACAUAUUCUUGUCAGUGUUCCAUGUCCACGUAUAUCGCCUCAGUUUCAGUUACAAAUACAUGCAUUUAUUUUUAAUCAACAAUACGUAAAAGCAUUUGGUGUGGGAUUAUUCAUACAUGCUAAAAACUUCAUCAGUGUGCGAUUUGCUAUGAAGGUCAACAUGUAAUUCAUACGAGUAUAAUAAUUCCAUGUUCAGAUGCCAUAUCUCUAUAACCGGAUGUCAUGUUUCUGUGUCCGGAAGUUAUAUUUUUAUGUCCAGAUGCUCUAUACUGAUUCAUAAUAAAGAUAAAGUGAGAAGACUGAGUUUGAGAAACCUGGUC